AUGGAAUAAUCUUUCUUGAACAAAUAAGUGAAAUCAGAUAAUUGGCUAUUUAGUGAUAUAACACCACUAAUAAUUAAGAUAAAUGGUAUGAAUGAACAAAUACAAAAUAAUGACCUAAAGAAAUUUGUUAUAAAAGAGUCUGAUUGUGAAGAUAUCCUACAAGAAUUAAAAGAGUAUACUAUUUAUCAAUUUAAUUAGUAUUUUACAAUAAAAGCCAAAGCAUCUUUACAGAAAAAUCUUUCGACACUUUUUUCUUUUUAGAACUCUAAAAUUAUUAGUAAUUUAAACAAUGAUAGAUAUUAUAAUGUUAGGAAACUUAUUGAUGUUGAAUUAUGCAACAGAUUCUUUAAUAAAUUUAGAUAGAUAAUAAUUGUAUAAACCCAUAUUGUCAAUAUGUGGUAUAAUUUUUCUCUCACUUCUCAAGUAUUUAAAUGAUUAUAUAAAUAAAGAACAUAUUUUAAUGCUAAAACAGAUCAAUUUGUAAAUUUAUUUGUGCUUCGACUUCGAAUAAUAUCAGAAUAUCUAAUAUAUAAUAAAGCAUUGAGAGUUUAAUGCAUUAGUAGUAAAGGUGAGAGUGAAAGUCAUUCGGCUAAUAUUAAUGUAAAAUUGAAUUAUAUUUUAGACUCUAUUAACUGCAGACUUAGAUCAAAUUAUGUUAAUUAAUUAUACUAUCAGAGAUACUUGGGAAGCCGUUCUUUUAAUUACUGGAUGUUUAAUAUUUUUAUAUCAUCUUGAUUCUCAUGCAGGUACUAUUGUAGUGAUUACAAUGUUAUGUGCUUAAGUUUUUAAUCUAAUAGUUACUGUAGUAAUGAUGAGAUCUAAAAAGAAAAUGUUGAAAUGCAAAGAUAUGAGAGUUGGAUUAUCAACUGAUGUUAUUGAAGGAAUGAAGUAAAUAAAAUAUUUGUCAUGGGAAGAUACUUUUAGUAAAAAGAUUAUGGGAUUUAGAAAUUGGGAGUUUUUUAUGCUUGCCUUAUUAAAAGGAUUUGAUGGAUUAUGUUCAAUAUUUUGGAAUAAUGUUAGCUAUGUGCUUUUGUGUACAUAUAUAAUUUCAUCAGUUAACAAUGGUAAAUCACUUUCUGACUUAAAUAUUUUUUCCUUAAUUGCUGUUUUUAAUAUGAUGAUAUUUCCUCUAGGAAUUUUACCUUGGUGUAUAAAUUCUGGAUCAUUAGCCUAUGUGUCAUUUAAAAGAAUUUCCAAAUUUCUCUAAUAACAGGAGAUUGAUCCUGAUGAUCGAUUCUAGUUACCUUAUUCAAAAGAAGGAGAUGUCAUAUUAAUAGAAGGUUUAUUAUGUGAAUGGCCAAUCGAACAUAUCCAAUAAAACAAUAAAGAUUAUAAAAAGAAUUAAAUUUUUGAUAAUGUACUUGUAUUUAAUUAAACUGAUGAAAAUUCAUAAUUUCAAUUGAGAAUUGAUGAAUUAAAGAUUGAGAGAAACACUUUGAAUUUUGUUAUUGGAAAAAUUGGAUCUGGCAAGAGUGCUUUAUUCAAUGCUAUUUUGAAUGAAUUAUAAAAAUAUAACCAAUAUGAAGGAAAGUAAAAUGGUAUUUCAAUCAGAUCCGAUUCAUUACUUUCAGGAUAAAGAAUGUUAACUAUCAGUGACUAAAUUAUUAUUAAAGGUAAUAUAGGAUAUUGUUCCUAAACAACUUGGGUUUAGAAUAUGAGUAUUCGUGACAAUAUAUUGUUUGGAUUGCCUUUCAAUUAAAGUUUAUAUAAUGAAGUGAUAGAUGUUUGUGAAAUAAGAAAAGAUAUCAUGACUUUUGAGAAAUAAGAUUUUCAUGAAAUCGGACCUGAUGGUAAGAAUUUAAGUGGAGGAUAGAAACAAAGAAUCACUCUAGCCAGAGCUUUAUAUUAAAACUGCGAUAUAUAUUUAUUUGAUGAUAUAUUUUCAUCUUUGGAUAUUCAUGUAGCAGACUAAAUAUUUUAGAAAACCAUAUUGUAAUUCUUAAUCAAUAAAGGAAAAACAGUACUAAUGAUUACUUCUCAUUAUCGUUAUUUAAAUUAAGUGCCUUCAACAGUGAAAUCAAAAAUAAUCUAUAUUGAAAAUGGAUAAAUAAUAAAUGAUAUAAAUCAAAUCAAUGAAUACUUGCAAAAAGAAUAAGAACCAGAAGAGGAUGAACCAAAUAUUGAAGAAGAAUUAGAAGAAGUAAUACCAGAAUUGAUUAAAUAAUAAUCUUCUAAGAAAUCUGAAAAAGAAUAGUUUUAACAAAAAGUUGAAGUGGAUGAAUCUUAAAAUUAAGAAUAAAGAGAAUAAGGUAAGAUUAAUAUGAAUACUUGGUUAACCUAUUUUAGUAGUAUGAGUUGGUUCCUUUUAAUUGGAUGGGUACUUGUGAAUUUCUUUAUGCAAGGAUCAAUGUCAUUAAUUGACUUCUGGUUAAAAUCUGAAUUGAAAGGAGACGAUACUUGGUUACAUCAAAUUACAGUUUAUUAUAAUAAUUCUUUUACUGAUGCAUUACUAUAUCUCACUUUAUUUGCCUUAUUAGUUACAUUUGUUAGAGCUGUUUUAUAUGUUUCUACUGCAUUGAGGGCAGCUUGGGUUCUUUUUGUAAAGUAAAUUUAUUUUAUAUUUAAGGUUGAAUAAAGUAUUAAUAUCAUCUGUAAUGAAAUUUUAUGAUAAAACUAAUGCAGGUAGGAUUAUUAAUAGAAUUUAAGAUGACACUUAAACAAUAGAUGAUGAUUUAAGUUGGACCUUUCAUUGUUUCUUAGAAAAUGUUAGUAGAGUAACUGGCUUAUCUAUAGGUUUAAUUAUACUAGAACCUAUAUUUGUAUUAAUAUUAAUUGGAGUUAUUUCUCUUUAUUAUUAAGUUAGUAAAACCUACAUCAAAUCAAAUAGAGAAAUAAAAAGAUUAAAAUCAGUCAACCAAGGAUCAUUACUUUAAAUUGUAAAUGAAACUCUUACUGGAAUUAAAGUGAUUAGAGCAUUUGAUAGAAAUUCUUAAUUCUGUUAAACAUUUCAAAAUAAAUUGUAUAAUUGGGUGAUGACUGAUUAAUGUGGAGAAAGAUCUAAAUUAUGGUUUGGAGUCAGAUUAAAUCUAAUGAGUAAUUUAAUUCUUAUUUGUGUAUCAAGUUUUGUUAUCCUAACAAUUAUUCUUGAUUUUUCAGAUGAUUAUACUGUUUAAGCUUUAGCAAUUACUUAUUCAAUGGUAGUAUUAGAUAGCUUUUAUGAUUUAUUUUCUUUAUAUUUAAGAAUGGAAUCUGGAAUCGUUUCUGUAGAAAGAGUUAAAUAAUAUUUUAGUAAUGAAACAGAGAAUAUUGAUCAAGUUUAAAUAUUGCCAAAGGUUGAUUUAUAAAUCUGGUAAGAUGUUGAAGAAUUUACUGAAUACAGAAUAGAAAAUGCAAUAACUUUUAAAAAUAUAUUUUUAACUUAUGAGAACGUUUCGGCUGAAUCUAAAUUUGCUUUAAAAAACUUUUCCUUGACAAUUAAAAAAGGAUAAAAAGUUGCAUUUGUUGGAAGAACAGGAUCUGGAAAAACCUCUAUCUUAAAUAUAUUAUUUGGCCUUUAUCAUCAUUAAUAUGGAAAGAUUUUUAUAAAUGGAAUGGAUGUAAUUUAAUUUUUUAUUUAUUAGACUUCAAAUUUAACAUUAAGAGAAUUAAGAUCUCAAUUAUCAGUAGUACCUCAAUUUGGAUUUUUAUAUAAUUCAAGUGUGAAAGAUAAUUUAGAUCCAUAAAAUAAAACAACUAAAGAAGCUAUUGAAAAAUUAUUUAUUGAAACAGGAUUUCAAUUAAGAGGAAUUAAUAAUAUAAACAGCAAUUCUUGUAAUGCAGAUUUUGUAAUAUCACAAAAUGGAUCUAAUCUCUCAAAUGGAGAAAAAUAAGUUCUCAAUUUUUUGAGAAUAGUUCUUAUGAAUAAAGAAAUAAUUUGUUUAGAUGAAGCUACUUCAAAUAUGGAUCCACAAACAGAUUAAGUAUAUCUUUUUAUAUUUAUUUGUUAGUUAUUGCAUGAUUUAUUGUUCAAAUUUGCUGAAAAUAGAACUUUAUUGGUUAUAACUCAUAGACUAGAAAAUAUUAAAAUUUAUGAUAAGAUUAUAGUCAUGGAAUAAGGAGAAAUAGUAGAAUAAGGAGAAUACUAAGAUUUAAUUAAGAUUGAGGGUGGAUUUUUCAAUAAAUUAAUUAUUCAUCAUUAGAAACAAAUAAAAAAUUGA